GAAGACUUGAAAUGUUCACUUGUUCCCAAUCCCCGCUACAACCAAACGAAUAAAGGCCUUGCUCUUCGUACUUUCCUCUUUCCACUGAGGGAAAUCUCGCGUUAAUCCGCGGGCAAUUUAUCUGCAUUAACACCCAGUUUCCUGAACCUAGUCUCACUGUUUUUUUGAUUGAUUCCGCCCUCCUCCAGUAAACUCCUCUCCCUCAACUCCGUACCUACACAUAAGCUUGGCGAGGCUCGAUUUCGUGCCUCACCAAGUCGACAAAAACUCAUCAAGAUGGCAACGAAAGCUAUGCAACUCGAAGAGUGCUUCGAGCACCUGAAUGUUAACGAUGAGAACGACCACGGUGACAGAUUGGUACAAAAGUCCAAGAUCUCCAUGUCUACAGCACAAAUAUCUCAUGGCAGUUCGAGACCGAACCUGUUCAAGGUCGCCCUACAAUCGCAAAGCGCAAACACAGUCACGUCGGUGACACUCCCAUCCCAGGCAGCCCAACGAAAAAUGGCCCCACCACCCAAGAGCAGAGAGCCCCCUUCACCCAGCAAACACAAAAAGGAUUCAGUCUCGUCCAGCGUAGAUGAGCUCGCGAAUGAGGAAGUUGAAGCUUCGGCCCCGAGAGUACCUAAGGAAUUCCACCUUGGUAUGUUCGAGAUCGGACGGCCUCUGGGCAAGGGAAAGUUUGGCCGUGUAUACCUCGCCCGCGAGCGUACCACCGGCUUCAUCUGUGCACUCAAGGUCCUGUACAAAAAGGAGCUUGAGUCUGGCAGUGUUGAAAAACAGGUCCGACGAGAAAUCGAGAUCCAAACAAAUCUCUGCCAUCCAAACAUUCUGAAGAUGUAUGGCCAUUUCCAUGACAACAAACGGAUAUUCCUCAUCCUCGAAUUUGCAGGCAAAGGUGAAUUGUACAAGCAUUUGCGCAAAGAAAACCGCUUUCCGGAGUGGAAGGCCGCCCAAUAUGUCGCCCAAAUGGCCAGCGCCCUCAAAUACCUCCACCGGAAACACGUCAUCCACCGGGAUAUCAAGCCCGAGAACAUCCUAGUUGGCCUUCACGGGGAGCUGAAGAUUUCGGAUUUUGGUUGGAGCGUGCACGCUCCCAACAACCGUCGCAAGACGCUUUGUGGAACUCUCGACUAUCUCCCACCAGAGAUGAUCAAGUCUGGCAACAAGGACAACACUUAUGACGAAAAGGUUGACCUUUGGAGCUUGGGCGUGCUGACCUACGAGUUUGUCGUUGGCGAGGCGCCCUUUGAGGAUACUCCGGUCAUGACCCAAAGGAGGAUUGCCAGGGCCGAUAUGACUAUCCCGUCUUUCGUUAGCCCGGAGUGCCGUGAUUUGAUCAAGAAACUGUUGGUUCUUGACCCUGUCAAGAGGCUCUCUUUGGACGCUGUUCAAAAGCACCCUUGGAUCAUCAAGCACUGCGUCAAGGGCGAGCGUGCCACCAACCGCGAGAAGGGCCGCGGUAGCGACUAAUCGAAGUGAAGGAUUGUGUUGACGACGUUAUGAGCGAUUUUGUCUGACGUCCAAGACUGUAAUCAAGCCGGCGUUCAUCGGGAGUAAAUGCAUCGGGCAAGUGGUGUUCAAGGAGUUUUGGUUUGAAUUAUAAGGGGGUUUGGGUUUUGUAUCAUUUUUUGUUCUGGCAGUAUCAGGAUCCGGAUCCUGCCGCCUUUUUCAUGAUUAUAAUCGUACACGGCGCAUUACAAAGCACUUACUGCCUGGACCUGAAUGCCUUCUCUUUUGGUAUGACACAUCCAUCCAAUAAACCAAAGCCUUAGCGGUUAGUUCCAGGAAAAUGUAAAAGAAAAUAUCCAAAGAAAUUCUCGC